CGACGACGGACGCGGCGGUGAAGACGGCUGGUACUUACCUGCUAGAGACGCUGCGGCCGGGAUCCAGGCCCAGGCGAAACCAUGUCGGACCUGGGGUCUGAGGAGUUGGAGGAGGAGGGAGAGAACGAUCUUGGGGAAUAUGAGGGGGACCGGAAUGAGGCAGGUGAACGGCACGGGCACGGGAAAGCCAGGCUGCCCAACGGGGACACCUACGAAGGGAGCUACGAAUUUGGGAAGAGACACGGCCAGGGGAUCUACAGAUUUAAAAAUGGUGCUCGAUACACUGGAGACUACGUUAGAAAUAAAAAGCAUGGUCAAGGCACUUUUAUAUAUCCAGAUGGAUCAAAAUAUGAAGGGGAGUGGGCAGAUGACCAGAAGCACGGCCACGGCGUGUACUACUACGUCAACAACGACACCUACACUGGGGAGUGGUUUGCUCACCAAAGGCACGGGCAAGGCACCUACUUCUACGCGGAAACGGGCAGCAAAUACGUGGGUACCUGGGUGAACGGACAGCAGGAGGGUGCGGCUGAGCUCAUUCACCUGAACCAUAGGUACCAGGGCAAGUUCUUGAACAAAAACCCUGUUGGCCCUGGAAAGUAUGUAUUUGACAUUGGAUGUGAACAGCAUGGGGAAUAUCGCUUAACAGACAUGGAAAGAGGAGAAGAGGAAGAGGAGGAAGAGACAUUACUAAAUGUUGUUCCCAAAUGGAAAGCUACCAAAAUCACGGAACUGGCCCUGUGGACUCCGACCCUCCCCAAGGACGUGCCCCCUGUGGAUGGGCCUGGCCGAGAAGAGGCCGCUGGAGCUGAAGGUGCAGGAGAGGCCAGGGAGGACGCCCAGGCUCUGCUGGAGGGCUCCGAGGGCGAGCUGGAUGCGAGGCCCGGGGAUGAAGAAGCAGACGCGUUCAGGGACGCCAGCCGGGAGUACAGCCGAGACGAGUUCCGCUACGAGGCGGAGCAGGGUGAGGACGCCUCCCCUGCACAGGAGGGCACAGGGUAAAAGUCAGGGCCCCACACUCCGGAAUGAGCUGUGGGACUCCAGGAGGGGCCCAGAAGCCUCACCCUGGCUCCUGUGGAAGUUGUGGUGGAACGUCGUCCCCUUCUGGGCCUUCUCAAGAGCCUGGCGGGAGCAGGGAGCAGAUGAACAGGGGUCCUCCUGCUGGCUGUCACAGGAGGGCAGGCCACGGCCACGGGGCCCUGUUAGAGACAGGGAACUAAAUUUAUGUUAGUAGAUGGCUUUGCCACGGCUGAGGCACAGGGCUAACAGUGUUGGGAACUUGCUCUUUUAAAGUGGUCUCGGAUAUUAGAUUAAUAUAGAAGGUUCUGUUUCUGCCAGGUCACAGGGCAGGGGUUCGGCCUCAAAUCUGACUGAGGCUUUAGACUCCUGAGAUCUUUGAAAAUCUUUCCCCGAGAGCUUGUGGGCACUGCAGAAAGCUCAGAGGGAGGAGCCCUGGGCGAGAGGGAAGGGCCUACCAGCAACCCGCACCUGCCCGCUGCAGACCGCAGUUGCCGGUCUGGGCCCCGUUCAAUUUAGCUUGUCUUUGCUGUAAGUUAAUAGUAAAAACAGUUCCCGUUCACUUGAAAUAAAUAUCUGAAAUAAUUAAAUCAUGUAAAAUAGUUUGCUAUUUAAAUGCCUCAAACACACUUAGUUGACUCUUUCGCAAUCAUUACCCUAAAUACUGAGCUGCAUCACGGAAGCAUCAUUUGGCUGCGUGGAGUGGUGGGUGCACGUGGGGACGGGGAAUCCUGCCUCCAUGAGCUGUGUGACUGCGCAUGCUCCGCACUCUAAUUUGCAUAAGGCGGGGAACAGCUCUCCCACGCAGCUGGGGUGGAUUGCGGCCUGGAAACCGCACACAGCCCACAGCCGCGCUCUGGAUGCAGGUGGAGCUGCCCUGGGCCACCGCACCGGGUUUGGCUGGCAGGUGGGGAACCGAGAGGCGGGGCUUCAGCCUGCGGAGCUGGAACACAAAAGGCAGGGGUUCCCCUGUGGUGUGAUGGGGCACAGUCUCCGUGGCCAAGAAAGGUGAUGACUCACCUGGGGCAGGGAAACUCCAGGCUGAGAAGGGACAAGCAGUGGGCGAAACCAGGAAGGAAAUUCCAAGCUGAGGGCAGAGUGUGGCACGGGGAGAGGGUGGAGGGAGGUCAGCCUCUUUCCUAUGGGCCCUCUCUUGACAUCACAUGACGGCGUUUGCCCUUGAUUCUGAGCACAAGGGUGUGUGGGCAGCCUGCGCCAGGUUCGCCUUCGCGCUCCUCUAGGGCUGGUGGAGGAUGGGUGACCUUUACCCACCCAGAGAUUAUAGUGGGAAGAGGAGGGAGGGGGCAGGUGUAAGGAGGGACCAUACCUAGCACCCCAUUGGGGGAGUCCUGGGCACUGUCACCUGAGACCACCUUGGACCAAAAGCAUCACCUUAGCUCAGUGGUCUUGGCCUCUAGGGGACUUUUGGCCAUGCCUGGGACUUGGUGAGGCUGGUGGUGGUGGUGGCGGCGGGGUGCGCCGGGAAGCUGCUGCUGAACACCCUAUAAUGGGGGUACAGCACCUG